AAGUUGUUUGGGGCAGCAAAGGUGUAUUGCAACGUCGGACUUGAGUUAUGUGGAGGGACCUCGAGAAGUAAGUUACCUUUUUUUUCACCUAACUUGAUGGGUGGUUACUACAGAUUUCGUUGUACGAUGCACACACCGCCAUCACUCCUGUUGGGGUAAAGGGGUAAAGAAUAACAACGGUCCUGAUUUAAAGCAGAUUGCUUCAAAUGUGUCUUGAGCCACCGUUGCUCACAUGCACUAUCCCAGAGCAUUUCGCAGAGAUAGUCUCGGAAUAUGGUGACCGGCCAGCAGCUGUAUUCCGGUCUCCCACGACCAACAAUAUGAGACCGCAGAUGUCAACUCUAACGUACGAGGAUCUCGACACACAGUCGAACAUCAUCGCGCAAUCGUUACGGUCCCUCGGCGUGAAAAAAGGAGAUCGCGUCGCCGUGAGCCUGGGAAACGUCCCCGAGUACGUAGUUCUAACGUAUGCCAUCUUCAAGCUAGGCGCCAUCCUGGUCCCGCUCAACCCGACUUUCAACCCCUACCAGCUCGGCGCCGCGCUGUCCCGUCUCGGCGUCAAGGUCCUCAUCAUCGCAGCCGUUACGGAUCUAGCUUACAAGCCGUGCCGCGGCCGUAGUAACUCCAACCUCUUGUUCCAACUUGUACCUGGCCUUUCCGCCGGCAUAGUCGACUCGUCCAGCGCUCCUACGCUCGAGUCUAUAGUGCUGGUAGAUAAUAUGCCCUCGCAUCCUCUCGCCGACUUUCCUCCCCUAGAAUUACUCCCCGGGAUCACCCCCUACUCCUCGCUCCUGCUCUCUUCCUCUUCCUCUCCCUCCCUCUCCCGCUCCGUCAGACCGGACGCUCCGCUCGUCCCGUCGGAAACGAUCAAUAUCCAGUUCACUUCGGGCACGACGUCGAUGCCGAAAGCAGCCAUGCUGAGCCACACUAACAUCCUGAAUAACGGCCGCCUAAUCGCGGCGCGCAUGGGUCUCGAUCCCGAAGACCGGAUCGUGUGUCCGCCGCCGCUAUUCCACUGCUUCGGCUCCGUCCUGGGACUCAUGGCCACCGCGACGACCGGGGCUUGCAUCGCAUUUCCCAGCCCGGCAUUCGACCCGGGCGCGACCCUCCACGCCGCCGCCGAGCUGCGCGCCACGGGGCUCUACGGCGUGCCCACCAUGUUCGCCGCCGAGCUCGAGCUCCUGUCCGACCCGGCCUUCGCCGCGCGCCUGCCGCCGGGCGGCCUCGGCAACCUGCGCAAGGGCAUCGCGGCCGGCAGCUCGGUACCGGAGCCGCUGAUGCGCAGGCUGCGCGAGAGGCUCGGGCUCAGGGACCUCGUGAUCUGCUACGGGAUGACGGAGACGAGCCCCGUCAGCUGCAUGACGGCGCCGGGCGACCCGGACGACCGGCGCACGAGCACGGUGGGGCGGGCGAUGCCGCACACGGUCGUCAAGGUGGUCGCGGCGGGGGACCGGUCGCGGGUCGUGCCGCGUGGGAAGUGCGGCGAGCUGGCUGUGUCGGGGUACCUGCUCAUGGAGGGGUAUUGGAAGGACGCGGCGCGGACGCGCGAGGACCUCGUCGCGGACGAGGACGGCAGGCUGUGGAUGUAUACCGGCGACGAGGCGCGUAUGGACCGGGACGGGUUCGUGGAGAUCACGGGGCGCAUCAAGGACUUGAUUAUCAGGGGCGGCGAGAACAUACACCCGCUCGAGAUCGAAGUUUCGCUGGCGGGACACCCGCUUAUUCGGGAGGCUAGCGUCGUGGGGGUAUCGGACGAGCGAUACGGCGAGGUUGUCGGCGCGUUUGUAGCAGUGCAUACGGGUGUGAGGACGCUUGACGAUGGCGAAGUAGAUCGGGGUGGGGGCGGAGGCGAAGCGUUGUCCAAGGACGAGGUGAGGGAUUGGGUCAGGAGGCAGCUUUCAGGUCACCUUGUGCCGAAAUACGUCUUUUGGACCGAUGAGUUUCCAAAGACUGCCAGUGGCAAGAUACAGAAGUUUAAGCUGAGGGAUAUUGCGAAGGAACAGCUGGGUAUGGCGUCGAAAUAGAUAUACACUUAGGGGGCUAGAUUUUGGAGGCUUGCAUUGCGUUGCAUUGCAUAACAGUGUGUUUUGAGCAUUUUUAUGACCAAGUUCUUACUUUUUACUGAGACUAACUAGGUAAUAUUAGCAUGUUAUGAUAUUCAAAAAUAAGUAUAUUUUUCUCAAGACAUCAAGCAUCAAUAGG